AUGUCAUCAGCAACUGCUCAAGCUACAUCUUCCGCUGGAUCAUCAACUUCAGGUGGAAGUUGGUUCAGUGGGAAUUACUUACCUGUAAAUCCAUUCGAUCUACCUGAAACUAAAGAUUUGGUUCAACAGAAAAUCGCAUCGGGUGAAAUAACGAGGAAAGAUGUCGAGAUUAUGGAGAAGGGAUAUAGAUGGAUGGCAUACACACCACCUGCAGGAGCAAUAUCAUUUUCUUUGUUGAUUUGGCAAUUGAUGAAAAGACAAUACCCAAAACCUCACAUCGUGACCAGAUUGGGAGUUGGUGGAUUGGCUGGUUUCGCAGGUGGUUUACUUGGUUUUGGUGCUGCCGGUGUUGCCGCCGCUAUGGAGGUCAACGACAAGAUCGAAGAUGGUGAUCGAAAAGUAGAAGUUUUCAACGCCAUAACCGAACAUGCUCGACAAAUUCAAGAAGCCAAAGCUAAUCCUGUACUGAUACCCGCACCAAUCCAAGUCCCAGCAUCUACAACAGCGAUGAAACAAGCGAGAUCACAGUCUAAUUUACCCAGAGAUUUCGAAUUUCCACCUCAAAGACAAGCUGCUCAAAGUCUAGAACAUACUCAAGGUAGUAUAAGGCUCGCUGAGGAGACCAAGAGUAUUUGGGGAACGUUGAAAGGUUAUAUCCCAGGUCUGGGCAAGAAGGAUUAG